AUGGACGGCCUGGAGGACAACAUUGUGGGAAACUUGUUUACUCAAAAUGGAGAAGAUAAUGGAUACAAUCCGGAAGAUUUUGUGCAGGAAAUAAACGUAGGAGACAUGGUACCAACCUUUCGCAUCUCCGUAGCCAAUGACGACGGUGGAAUCCCUGGUUCGCUCUUUGCUUGUACCGUCUGGAACGGAGCGAAAUGUAUUGCCAGUCAUUUUGCAAAAUAUUCAGAUUUGGUACAAGGUCGAAACAUCGUGGAAUUUGGUGCUGCGUCAGCCUUACCAUCGCUUGUAGCACUGCAUUUUGGAGCCAAACUGGCUGUGAUGACUGCAAAUAUUCAACGUAAUCAGACGUUAUUGGGCAAUGGAAGACACGAAGUUUGUGGGCACCUCUGGGGCAGUGAUACUGCAAGAUUAUUAGGAUGCCUUGAUAAGUCAUUUGUUACGACAGCUAAAUCUAGCGGUGCAGGACCAGAAAGUAAUGACGUCUUAAUUGAGACUAAAUUUGACAUAGCAGUUGUUGCAGAAUGUCUGUGGCUUCAUCACUUGCACGAGGAUUUAUUGAAGUCCAUCGACUCGUGCUUGACUCGUAAUGGAAAAGCGUUCGUGAGCUUCGCUCAUCAUGUUCCAGGACACGAACAAAACGAUUUAUCCUUUUUUGCGAAGGCAAAGAAACUGUACGGGUUCGAUGCUGUUCACUUAGAUACGCUAGCCACACCCCAUGUUUUCAGCGCUGGUCUAGUCGUGGAACAAUACCUGUACGUGCUUACUAGAUCAAUUUGA